CGGACAGGUUGAGAAAACCUUGCACAGCCGCAGAGGGACGGAUGAGACUGGUUAGGUAAUUGUGGCUAUGUAGAAGGUGAUGCUGAACCACAGGGGCAGUGAGUUAAUGGCAGGCAACAAUAAGGAGCCGGAUAGUUUAACCUUAUAAUUGGCCGUAACCCGAAGCUUCACGCUCCACCCCCUUCCUGUCAAUCUCUCUUGUGUAUAUUUUUGACUCACAGGCGGGCAAUUGUCUCAGAAAGUGUAGAAGUGGAGGGGCCAAGGUAAACAUAAAUAUACAGCAUACUCCUCUCAGUGUUCAUAGAUGGGACUCAGUUUGUAGUUGCUGUCAACUGAAUUUCCCUGACUGUUUCACCUAUCCUCAGCAAACACUUUUAGUGUCUGAAGAGAAAAAAAGUGGACAUCACUUGUACAUUUUCAAAUUUAAACUAAGAAGUUUAUUCCCUGUGGGUGUUUCUCUUUGAGACUUUGCACUGUGAGAUUAUUGUUUUACCUAAAGGAACUGUGUGAAUCACGAAGCAAAAAGGAUCUGGUUGAUGUCCAAGAAUCUGCCUGGGAUUGCUCCAGCAAGCCUACCCAGAAGCCGAGGUUCAUGAUCAGCUGUUAAGAGUGAAUGGCAAACCUAUCUGCCCAAGAAGCGUGGUCUGUUGAGACAAUGUCCACUUUGACACCAUACAUGAUGAGUGGAGGGGACAAUUUUACUUCCACGACAAUGGCACCUAGGCCACCAUCGAUGAUAAUGCCAGAAUAUGUGCAGACAGUAGAAUAUGUUUGUCUCCAGGUGCUUGUUCCACUGAUUGUCUGUUUUGGAGUUUUGGGAAACGUCCUAAGUUUGGUGGUUCUAACCAAAAAAGAGAUGGUGUCUCCAACCAACUGUUUCCUGAUUGCUUUGGCAAUAUCUGACUUGCUACUUCUUGCGAUUCAGAUUCCCCAUUUUCUCUCCUUUCACCCGGACUGGAAUAAGGCUUCAUCCUUCAUCACCUUCCAUAGGCAUUUCACCAUCUUCAGGUACGUGAUGACCAAUAUCUUCCUAACAUGCACCUGCUGGAUCACGGUUGCUGUGACGAUUGAGCGCUUCAUAUCACUUCGAUUCAUUGCCUUUCCACACCUUGCCUGUACAAUAUCUCGGGCAAAGAUUGCCAUUGCUGGUAUUUUUGUGGUUUCUGUGCUCUUCCACAUCACAAAGUUCUUUGAGUAUGUCCCCAACCCUGACCACCACAAAGGACCAACACUGCUCCUGACUGAACUAUCCAAGAGCAAGUCCUAUGACAGAUACGUGCACAUCAGCAACAUCACACUGACUGCCAUCAUCCCUGAGUUUCUCCUCGUGAUCGUCAACAGCUUCCUCAUCUACUUCCUGAUGACCCAUCACCGCCGUAUGAAGCGUCACCGCACUGGUGUCCACUCCAGUGUUGACAUGACCCACAUCACUAUCAUUGUCAUCACGAUGGUCCUCGUCUUCAUCGUGUGUCACUCCUUCGGUCUGUUCCUUGCACUGGCCAUUGCUGUCCAUGGUCGCAGGCAUGUGUUCAUGAACCCUCUGUAUCGAAGCUUUAAGCACAUAAACACCCUUCUUGUCACAACCAAUUCAAGCGUCAAUUUUCUACUCUAUUCAACAAUCAGCAAAAAAUUCCGUACUACCUUUCUGGCUAUUUUUUUAGGAAAGCUCCACGACAAGAACCUGUCGUGGAGCAUGCAGAAUUCCAACUCGAAUUUCUCAAGUAAAACUAAUGCCACUGCUUAUAUCUCUCAAAUAUCCACCGACAGCUCAAACGGUAAAGUUGGUGAACACUCUGAGGUGUAGAUGACUGGACCUCAGUUCCACAAAGAGAUUGCAGUGCUAAGGUGAUCAUAACCGUUAAACUGUAACAUAGACCAAGACAGGCAUAGUGCUAAGAUGGCUCAGUGGAAUGAGGCUCUGAGGCAUAAACACUAGAGAUCCCAUAUGUAAAGCCUGUAUUUUCUAGGUGGAAAUGUUCUGAUCACUGAAGACCGAUUGUCUCAGGCCUCUUUAGUGUAAACACACCAGAAAUCAGACCUGAAGUGUUAAUGAACUUUAAGGUGUAAAAGCCCUGAACCUUUCAGAAGCAAAUGCCAUCAAUCAAUCCCAAACACCAUCAAUAUAUACUACUCAACAUUUCCAAGGACCAAAAUAAUCAUCUUUGGUCAAAGGUGUGGUCCCUGGCAAACACUGAGUAGUAUUGUGACUAAUGGUAAGGUUGUAGAAGUCACACCGAUAUUGACCUUCCAUGUUCUCUAUCAGGUCAACAAGGGCAUGAGGUAGUACAGUUCCAAACCAGGAAUAAUAUGUGGAAUGUAUGUCAUUUCUUUUGUGGUGUCCUGGGUCAGUGUUGAGCUUGUUGUUUGAUAGACCUGAAGCUUGUAGUGAGGAUGUAAAUACAGCGAGAAAGGAUGUGAAGAGUUGUAGAGUGUGUAGGUUCAGAAGUCGAGUAGAUACCAUUAUCAUAUAGCAUAACAAGCAGCACAUCUAUAUCAUUACAUCAUUUCAUAUCUCACUCUUUGCAUGAUAAGUGAAAAAGACUUGAUUGGUCUGUGACUAGUUGCCCUAUGAUACAACAUACAAGUCUUCUGCUCAAGGCAACAAUGAUAGGGCAAUGGAAAGACGAAACCAGUGCAUUCUGACCAAUCCUCAAACUAGAUGUUCCAGGGAAAAGGAACAUUAGCCAUGCUGACAAGGCAACAAUCACUGAUUUCUUGGGAUUUCUGGAGAUGGGCCCCUGUGAAACUGUUACAUUGAAUAUGUAAUACUCCUGUGAGUAACUCACAAAUAUCGACAUGAAUGUGUGGAGCCCGGACUCCAAAACUUGUAUUAUCACAACAUCCUUGUGAGAGUAAAGGCUGAAUGACUGACCGGUGACACUUUAACACAUCAUACUGGACUCAGCCACUGACCUUUGGUCUUGAUAUUAACCUCUUUAUUCUGUCCUAUGUCUUCAUAUAACCUGAAUGUUUGUACCCAUAUUUAUCUACAUGUAGUCAUGCUAGUAUUGGUUUGUGAAUGUUAAAUGCUGCGAUAUAUUGCAAUAUUGCUGAUGCAGCACAAUGUGUUACACUGUUUGUGACUAUAACAUGUUUUCAACUGUCCCUGAUAGAUAUUGAAAUCACACAUGGGAGUUACGUAUAUAGCACUACCUAUAUACUAUUUUAGACGAUAGCCUUUCUCGCCUCAUUCUAUAAUGUUUAUAUACAUCUACAUUUUAAAAAGAAAUACCUUUACACAGACUUCUGUUGGAAACUAACAGAGCAAAUGAAAUUCAGUUACAAUGCCAUCAACCCUCUAAGCUUAAAUUAGGUCUGUCAGCCUGAUCAACUAGGAAAUCAGCAUUCUGUUUUCCUUAAGAACCCAUUACAGUAAUGUCCCCCAGAUGUAUUGAAGCCAAGUAGUGCUGAGUGAUAGAUUCCAGUGGAAAGUGACAAGUGUGGUAGGUUGAUGCUGCUGCUGCACACAAUGGACCUGGGUCAUGGUGACAUGUCGUGUUGACAGAGGCAAUGAUGCUUGCCAAGGAAUCCCAAACACUUGUUGAUUUCUUUCCCCAUGAAAUACAUCUUGGAGAAACAACAAAGCAUUGAAACCUAAUCCUUCUCUGUGGGAAAAACAUAAGAGCAGGCAAGCCAAAUCUGUACAUACAUGAACGAGAGUUUCACUUUUUCUUGCAUCUCUAAGUGCUAUUUCCCCCUGCCUAUAGCAGAGACAUGACUGAAAGAUUUUAAACAUAAAGGGACUUCUAUAUUUUGCUGACAAAGAACUAAAUUGUCAAUGAAAGCAGCAUUUCAUAUCCUGCUACAUCUUCUUCAGUGUCUUCCUUCUAAAGUGUCUUGAUCAUGUAUCCAUCCAUUGUUUCCCAAAAUCUGAUACUUUGACCAAUCCAAUGGUUCACACAGAGGGAAUGCUUGAAUGUUUACAUACAGUCUUCAACUUUUACCAAAAUCCAAAGCCGAAUUCUAGCAGAAUUAUUAUGAUCUAGUAAGCUAAUAAUUGCCAAUAGUAUUGUGCUAAAAUCCUGUGGAAUUAUGCCAAAAUGUUGUGUUCUGACAAAUUAUACUCCAAAGUUUGGCACAGACUGUAAAUACAUAUGCCACUAUGUGAGUCCACAACAUUAAAGUGUGUUUAUGUUUAAUGUUGUCAGUUAAAGAUGAUACUGUAUAAGAAUUUUAUUCAUAGGCCAGGACUUGAAAACCUGUGAAUGUGUUUAUCCACAGACUGAGUUGACAAAGCCUGCUUCCUGUACCUUGUCUGGUGCCUUGCUGGUUGGAUAGUGCCUAUUGUAUCUUUUAGCCUGAGCAACCUGUUUCCUGUAUGCUAUGCAACUGGUUGGCGUAAUCAUUUAUCACUGUACAUUGUUCUUGCAGUAAAUAAUCUGUAGUUGAUCCUAUUCAUAGCAAUAAAAUAUUUUACAUCAAA